CAGAAGAUUCUCAUGUCUUUAUGUUGAAUAACAUUUUUGAAUGAAAAACUAGAUGUAAAGUUUAUGAAUUAGUUCUGUUAAUAUAGAGGGCAUUGACAUUCUUACAAAUGACAUUACAGAUUAUACCGCAAUAAACAGGAUUGACAAGGGACUAUUUUCUAAGGAAUGAGUCGUCGCCAUAGAUGAACAAGAAAAAUGGAGUUUCUAUGUCUUUAUCGAUCUUAUAGAUUACCAUGAAGAUAGCAGUUAAAAAGAUAAUGUUCCUUUUGUAUAUAUGGGAAUUAGUUAGUUAAGUACUGGCGUUAAACUGUGAAAAACAGCUGCAGUCGUGUCCCGGAAGUGGGUAUUUUCUGCUCGUUCUCAUCUGUCAGAAUGAAUAAUUUUCAUGACGGAAAGAUUAUUAUUGUGUUGGCAUAAUGAAUGGAAAAGUAGAUUUAUUAGUGUCCAAUGAGAAAAUUGUGGAAGGUAUCGUUAAAGACGAUUACGACUCAAAAUUAUUGUCAUUCCUUUGUGAGAAACAUUGUUUUCAUUCAUUCCAAAAAAGAGGUCACCGUCAUUUGACCUGGUGCGCGAGACUUCAUUUUUUUCAUCAACAAACGGAGACGAGACUGUCGCUAGUCAUAUAACUUUUGUAUAAAGAAGUGAUAAUUUGCAUUUUAAUACUAUCAUUAUCUCAUUAUUUUAGAUAAAUAUUAUAUACAGAGAAGUAUAUAUGUUAUGUGAAGUAGCACAGUGACCAUGAUAACUUACCCUAUGAAUAUCAUGUUUUACAUACUUUUGUGAAGUUUAAGAGAUACUGACUCUUAAGCAAAUAACAAUAUCUUUUAUUUUAUUAUAAAAAAUGAGUAAAAAGUUGCCUAUGGCAAAUGGGGAAUUGUCACAUGAAAUUGGUGAGAAUAAGCAUGUUGGAAAGGGAUUGUCACAUGUUUCAAAAAGUUUGAAGAAGGUAACUGACAUGGGACAAAAAAUAACACAUAGAAAAGAUAGUGCAAUGCCAACAAAUUCUCAAAAACAAAAUCAGUCAGAAAACACUUUACCUAGAACCACUUCAAGAAGUACAAGAAAUGUCCCUUGGAGGACAAGACGUUGUGUGUCAGAUGAUAUUUCUGGAAGAAUCGAUGUAGACAAGCAUUCAUCAUGUGUAUCUGGAUUAAGACAUCGUACCCGUGAAGGAAAUAAAAAAGUUGAUACAGUGGGUAAAGAUCGUUCUUUGAGUUUACCAUCAGAAACCAUUGAAGAUGUUGCGAAGCACAUUGAUUCUGAUAAGACCAUUAACAGUAGAGGUGCACAUGUCAAGUCAAAAUUAAAUGACAGUGAUUUGAGUAAAAAAUCUACAGAUAGUGGUUCUAGUAACUGCAGUAAUAAUUCAGAGGAAAAAAAAUUCAAAAUUGUUCCUUCAGAGGAUAAAAAUCCAGUUAAUAAUGCUUUAAAGUUCACAACUGUUAAUUUGAAUGGUGGGGGUGUUGAUAUAAAUGAUGAUGUAAGUGGAAGUAAAAAGCAAAAAAUACAAGAAGUUCGAAAAUUUACCAGAUCUGUGACUAUUGACAAGACUGCAUUGUUUAUUGAUCCAGAGGGUUUGAAAACAGAAUCGGAUUUAAAUACUUUAGAUAGUAGUGUACAUGUAGGUAUCAGUGAUGAUAGUUACAAGGUUUCUAGCAAAGCUUCAGAAUCUGAUAUUCCGGAAACUCCUUUGGAGUCUUUAGAUGUGGUUCAGAUUGUACAAAAAGUAGAUGAAACUGAAGAGAAAGCAGUGUCAACAUCACCUGAUGGUCGCUUUUUCAAAUUUGAUAUAGAAAUUGGAAGAGGUUCUUUUAAAACUGUGUUCAAAGGUCUUGAUACAGAAACAGGAGUUGCUGUUGCUUGGUGUGAAUUACAGGACAAAAAAUGGAACAAGAGUGAAAGACAACGAUUCCGUGAAGAGGCAGAAAUGCUCAAAGAAUUGCAACAUCCAAAUAUUGUCAGGUUUUAUGACUCUUGGGAGGAGAGCACAUUACGCAAUAAAAAAUUCAUUGUUCUUGUCACAGAAUUGAUGACUUCUGGAACAUUAAAAACAUACAUAAAGCGGUUGAAGAAAUUGAAUACCAAAGUAUUGAGGAACUGGUGCAAGCAAAUUUUGAAAGGACUUUACUUUCUCCAUACAAGAUCUCCUCAAGUUAUACAUAGAGAUUUGAAAUGUGACAAUAUUUUCAUCACUGGACCAACUGGAUCUGUAAAAAUUGGAGACUUGGGACUGGCAACAUUGAAAAACAAAUCUUUUGCAAAAAGUGUAAUCGGUACCCCUGAGUUCAUGGCUCCUGAGAUGUAUGAAGAGCAUUACGAUGAAUCUGUUGAUGUCUAUGCCUUUGGUAUGUGUAUGUUAGAAAUGGCCACAUCAGAGUAUCCAUACAAAGAGUGUCACAAUGCUGCCCAGAUCUACAGACGUGUUACCACAGGUGUUCCUCCAGAUGCUUUAGAAAAGGUUGAUAGUCCAUAUAUAAAAGACAUAAUUGAGAGCUGUAUACGAUCAAGAAAGGAAGAGAGAUAUUCAGCAAAAGAUUUACUCCAGCAUGACUUUUUCUUGGAUGACAAUGGUUUACGACUAGAAAUUGUCAAAACAGAAGAUGGUGAAACAGAGUCAGUUCAGUUACAACUACGAGUGGUAGACCCUAAAAAAAGAAAGGACAAGCAUAAAGAGAAUGAGGCGAUCCAGUUCGGAUUUGAUUUAAAUAGUGAUGAUCCAGAUAAAGUUGCUCAAGAAAUGGUAAAGUCUGGUUUCUUACAAGAAGAAGAUGUCAAGUUUGUUAGCAAGCAGAUCAAAGACAGAAUUGGUCAGUAUAGAAGCAGAGGGAAUGUUACAGAAAGUCAUAGUAAGACAACAGAGGUAACACAUGAUCCUUUACCGACUCAACCUCCACAACUGCAACAUGCCCAGGAAUCUGUGCAGACACAUGACCUGUCCCAGCAACAAGUUCAGCCUCAUUCUGAAUCCCAUAUCCCGGCAACAACACCAUAUAGUACAGUUCAGACUCAGACUUCAGCUCCUGCCGUCAUUCAACAAAAGUCUUUUGAAAUAAUUUCUGAAAAAGUAGAGCAUUCAACUAGUGACCAUCAGUUAGCAGAAUCAGAUUUACAGAAAACAGACAGUCUACAAGAUAUUGCUUCUGAAGGUUCUCCUAGACAGAACAUGGACGAUGUUACCAAAGAUUUACUGAUUGUUAAGAUGUCAGAACGAGAAAGAUCAGAAAGUCUUCCAUUGAUAAUAAGGGGUGAACAAGUACAAGAUCAACAGGUGCAAAGUUCAGAAAAUACAACAAACAAACAGAAUGUUUUGCCACAAGUUUCAUCGACCACAAAUACGAUUUUGAAGAAGGGAACAAACUUAGAACAACUGAACAUCACAGCUGCCCAACAGUUUCAAGGCAAUUCCCAGAAGUCUAAAUCUAUGGGUCCAGUUUCUGCAUCUUCAUCAAUGUCUGGUAUAUGUACAAGUCUAUCUAUGGGAAAUCUGAAUGACGAUCACUCAAAUCGAGAGAGUGAGAAUGAAUCAACAACUGGAAAGGUGGAUGAAAAGAAACGUAAAACCAGACCAAAAAGACGCAAAACUCUAGAACGGUCUCCAAGAUUGACAGUAUUGAGUUACGAUGAAGUAGAAGGAGAGUUAGAAUGUAGAUUAGAAUUGUAUAAUAAAAAUACAGUAACAUUCAAGUUUGCCACAGCCUACGACAAGCCAGAAGAAAUAGCUGAAAGCUUAGUGUCUGAAGAAAUUCUGCCUGGUCAACAGUCUAUCAUGGUGAUCACUUUAUUACGAGAGGUUAUAAACAUGGUUACAGAGGACCCAAAGAAUGCUGUAUCACAGUGUCUAAGUUACGUCAGUACACCAUCAUCUAGUCCUCAAACUGUAAGGAAAAGCAGACCAGUGUUUGACUCGGAUACUUCAAAGGAAUCUGUGUUCCGAAAUCUGAUCCGGAAGAAGAUUAAGCAGAAUGAACAGCGACUCCACUUUGAACUUGAUGGAGAUAGUGGUCAAGGUUCAGAUGAUAACAGAUCUGACCUAGGAGUCCAUGUUAUCAGUGACACAGCAAGCGCUGCAGGAGAAAAAGAGAAACAAGAGUCUAGAGUAGUUGCAACUAAAAAGAAGAGUUUUAUAGUCAGUUGUGUAACUGAAGCUACCAUUCAUGAGUCUAAAAUUACAGAAGAUGAAUCGGAAGAACAUGUAGCAAGUUCUGAUAAUUAUAUUUCACCAGAAAACACCCAUACAUCUAGUUCUACGAUAGCACAACCGAGUAUGGCAGUUGAUUCUGAUGCAUCAUCAAAUUAUGACACAGAAAAAGCUCUUAAAGGGAAAAAGGUGCCUGUAGAUUUAAAUGAUUUACAAGAAAAAUUAACUCAAUUGACUCAGAAACAAUCUGUGGCAGGGGCUAAUGUGUCAAAUUCAUUGGUCCCACAAGAUGGAGUUCAACCAUCUUCACAGCAAGGGUCAGGUGCUACACCAACACCCAACAUUGAAAAUCAGCCCUCGACACUUCCUGAUUCUCAGCAUUCUUCCAGUAUUGUUCAGACACAAGAUACUAGUCAGAAAACUUUGCCUUUAAAGGAUGGACAAUCUUUUCCCAGAAAUACUCAGACAGUCAGUCAUCACGGACAUGAUGGGAGUGUUACUCCUCAAAUGUCUAAUCCACCACCAACAAUACAAACACAGACAUCACAUAAUCUUACACAACCUGUUGAACCGUUACAAUUGCCACUGAAUCAGUCAUUUUCUGGAAGUAUGUCAAAUCUAGCUCAAGGUCAAGGUAAUCAGCAAAUGUAUUUACAACAGCCAACACCACAGUAUCAGAUGAUGUUUCACUACCCAACAGACCCUAUGGUCAUGCAGAUGAUGGGCAUUGGAUAUCAACAAAUGAUGUAUGCAUCAAUGAUGAUGCAACAGCAACAAGCUCAACAACAACAGCAACAAACACAGCCGAAUCAACAGCAACAACCAGCACAGCCAGGUCAUCAACAACAACAUCCGUCACAGUUUAUGCCACCUCAAAUGAUGUAUCCCCCCAACCCAAACUGGGGGAUGCAAGGGCAACAAAUGCCUUAUUUUCCUCAAGGAGGAUCACAAAAUAUUACUAGUCAAUAUCCACAACAGGUUCAGAAUGUACUUUCAGAUUUUAAUUCCAUUGGAGGAUCUUAUCCUGCCUCACCAUCAGUUGGUAGGAGAUGUGAUCAAGAUGGACAAAGUGAAAGUUAUUCAACACAGUCUUCUAUAUCAGGGCCUACGCAUGGUCCAGUUAAAAAGGAACUAUCAAUUAAACAUUUAGAACAAGAAUUGAAUAAACUUCAUGUAGCUAGUACACAAAAAACUGAUAUGAAAGAUGGCACACCAGUGCAUGGUGCUUCUUCAGAGGGUCAGACAGUAGAUACGUUUAAAGAUGUUCACACAAAUCCAACUGAUAUAAGUGGUGCUAAUGCUAGUAGUAGUAGUACAGAAACUAGUUCACAGACAACUGAAGAAGCAGAUGUUCAAAAGUCUGGAUCUAGAUUUGCUGUCAGUGUUGUAAAAGAAGAUAAACUGCCGGAUCCGCCAGUUGAAACAUCCGAUUCAUCUGAUACACUUCUGGAAUCUGAUAAACAAACCGACUGCAGAGAAAUUGUCAAGAAAACUUUAGAUGAUAUUGUCACAGAGGUCUCAAAAUCUGAAGAAAAAGAUGAUAAUAUAGAAGAUUCGGAAAAUGAAAAUAAUAAGAAAAAAUCAGAAAGUGUUGGUCGUAGGAUGAGUCGUUUUCUAGUGACGAAAAUUGAUGAAGAUAAGGGAACAGUGACGACUGACAGCUUAUCUCCCUCCUUGCCUGUGUCUGAAGGUGGUGGGGCUUCUAAUGCUAACACAGCUACCAGUAAAAGUGUAUCUAAUUCCUAUGUAUCUAGUAUAAGAAAACAAUUGGAAAAAAAGAAGACAAAGUCAACAAGUAAGGAUGAGGUUGACUCUGGAGAAGCCAAACUCUAUUCAACAGAUGUAUUUCAAAAAAUGUAUUCUGACCAAGAGUACAAGGACCUAAUUUAUAGGCAAAGAACAGAGACAAAUGAAAUGAACAUGAAACAUCAACAAGAAUACAGAGACUUUUGUAGACAAAAAGGAUAUCCAGUACCUCCCAUUGCACCACCCAUACCAAACAGUAUUGUGUCUAGAAACUUUAAUUCUAUGCUUAGUCCACAAUUAAUGACACUUUCACCUUGUGUAUCUACGAAGUCUGCUUCUCCUAAUGAUUUAUUGAUGCUUAAGGAAUCAUCAAGAACGAGAUCGCUGAGUGAAGGUAAUCACACUUCUUCUAAAGAAAGUGUUGAAGUGCAAUCAGAAAAUGAAGAGUCAUCAAAUGAACUCAAAAAACAAACGACAUCAAAAAUUAAAAAUGAGGAAAACAAAAAUGUCAAAGAUGAUAAAAAUGAUAAAGGAGAAAUAAAUAAAGAUGAUCCUAAACAAUUAUUAGAAAAAGUGGAAACAAGUAAGGAUGAUCCACAACAUUUAAAUCAGCUGCCGAAACAAACUGAUGGACAAAGUUCUCUUCCCCAAGAAGUGAUACCGGAGAACAAAAUUUCAAAAAGUGAAGGCGCUGAUGCAGAUGAAACAUCAUCUCUUAGGAGUCAGGGUAGUCGAAAGUCAAGCAUGGAUCUAACGCACACUGUAAAUACUACACAGCCAAAGCAACAAAUUACUUUUUCUCAACCUGUGAUGACAAACCAGCCACCAAUGUACUCGCAAUUUCCUGGAAUGUAUCAGCAGUUUGGGUUCCCUCCACCAAUGCAAGUGCCUAAUAUGCCAAGUAUGUUUUAUCCAAAUAUCCCAUACCCAAAUACACCAAUGUGGGGAUAUGGAAGUACAGAUCAACAGCAGCAACAACAGUUUCAAAGUUUACCACCCACACAACACCAACCAGCUGGUAGUAAUAUACAGAGAGGUGUGGGUCUGCCAGAACAAACUUUCCAACAUGCAGCUGUCUCACAACUCCCCCUUACUGGGACAGGUUUUCCAACUAGUGCUAAUAUAUCAUCAUCAGUGCUACAGACGAACCUUCCACCUAACACUUCCUCAAAUUAAUACUGUCAUUUGCCAAAUGUCUUUCAAUUAUAGAGAAAAAGUAAAUUGUAUCUUUGUUAUAAAACUAUGUAAAUAUUCCUGUACAUUCUUCAUACAGAUUCCCCUGAAAUUUACAGAGUAUGAAGGUCAUGAUAAAAUUAUUUUUUUCCCGUAUAAAAUGUUAGAAAAAAUGAUUUAUUUGAGAGAUAAAAUGAUUGUUAUUAAUAAAAUAUUUUUAGAAUGGAUUAUUGAGCUGCUUUUUUGCAUCUGUAAAAAAGUCAUGAUAUAAUACUUGUAUAUAAGAUGUUUGUAUUGAAAGUUUUUAAUUAGUAACUUGAGAAAAUUGGUAAGAAGAAAUUUAUCAUGACCUUCAGUAAAAGAGAGAUCUGUAUGGUUUAAUUGGGAUCAAAUAGUUCAAUUUUGAACUUUUAAAGUAAUAAUUGUAUUGUUGUAUGCCAUAUUUGUUAUAAUCAGUAAGUUUAGGUGUUGAAAUAUACUCAUAAGCACAAUGCAGAAAAAUAAUUCACUUCUCCAACAAGAACAAUAUUACAUCAUUAUUAUUUAGUGUAUAGGGUCGUGCAUUUGUAGAUUUGUGGGCAUUAGGAAAAUUGGGGAAGACCUCAUAAGUUGGUCAGCUUAUGCCAUGUCGUUCAAUCCAGAUUAAAGUACUUUUCUUUUCAUUUCUUUUAGGCUUGUACGUAAAAAUAUUUUGUUUCAUGAGGUCUGUCUUGCUUCAGGUUUGAUACAAUUGUAGAAACCAUUUCAUUAUUAAAAAAGUUCUGAUAAACAUCUGCAUGUGGUAUUCCUAACUAAGAAAUAAAAUGCACGCCAAAGAACAAUAUCACAUGUCAUUUUUGUGUCAUGCUUAUGUCCUAAACCAAAUUCCGAAGACUUGAAGCUGGAUGAGGGUAUUGUAGUUUAGUUGUACAUAAAAAAAAAAUAGAAAUCCCACAAAAAAUUUAAUCCACCAUCUCAAUUGAAAAUGCAGCAACCAAUAGAAUAAGACUAUUUAGGUAUUUAGACAGGUGCUUCAAUAAAGAUGCAAAUUCAAACCGAAAUUGCAUAAUGCAGUAACAAACAAAAAAAUCCCCAAAACAGGUCCUGACAGGGUUUAAUCAUGCAGCUUUAAUUAACAAUGGCAAGUUAAAUUAGUAAAACCAAAAAAUGAAUUUUCUUUAUAUUGAUAUUUUGAAUUGUCAGCACUCAAACAGAAGGAUAGAUUAAACAAAUUAAGGCUUUUUAUUGUGAUAGAAUUACUUUAACAGUGAAUGCAUAAUGUAUCUGUUGAUAGUUACAAGAAAAAUGCUGACAUCUUCAAUGAUUUGAAAAAAGUUACAAAAAAAAUGCUGACAUCUUCAAUGAUUUGAAAAAGGGAAUAGUGUUUGUCAAUUUUAAAGGUUGAAAUAAAGAAGUAGACUAACAGAAAAGGAACAUGUUAUUCUAGUCAUAAUUACUGUUUGUUUCAUCAAGGAUCAGAAUAAGCUCUUAAAAAAAUAAAAGUAAAUUUGACUUGUGUGAUGGAAGGUUUUGUAUUGUAGGCUAUUAAAUGAUAUCUAACAGUAAUUCUUACAAAAAGAUAUAUGGAAAGUGUCACACUCAGAUGUGCCUGUAAUUGUGAUUCCUGGAAAUGUUUAAAAAUUGAUUAAUUAGAAUAUAUGCAAGAAGGAAGAUUGACUUUAUCUUUCUCUAGUUUUUCACAUUAUACUAUGUUUGUCUUCAUUUUGUUAAUUUGUAUAAUAAAUGAUUACUUUGUCAGCAUUAACAUACAGUUUAUAGACUUAUUUCAUACCAGUAAUUUUUGUAUUGAUUUAUCCAAACAAUUUAUUUAAAUAAUUUUUGAUCUUGUCAUGAAUUAAAAAAAUUAUAUUCUGAUAUUAAGUAUCAAAGACAAUAAACACAAAUAAUGCCAUACAUUACAACAUUCAUUCUUUUUGAUUUUAUAUUACCUUAACUCUCAAAAUUGAGAUAAAUGUAAAUCAUAAAUUAAAACUUCAAAUACCCGUAAAUACUAAGGCCAUAUAAGGCCUUUAAAAACACAUCUCAUCCUUACUUUCAGUUCAAUUGAUUAUGGUUUAAGUAACAUUUUGAAUGGUACAAAAAAAAAAAUUUUGUUAUUUUGAUGUUAACUGUUUCCUAACCAUGUCAGAACAACCAUUUUAAUACUCUCUUGAUUUCAAUACACAUUGUAGUUUUUAAUUCAAAGUCUGUAUUUUGCAUUUUUUAAAGAUUCAAAUAUUUUUAAUGUUUUUUCUGAUAGUUUUUUUUAUUUGUGUAUUUAAGACAAAAUUCAAAGUGCUACAAUUAAAAUAUAUAUCUAAUACUAAACAAAAUAUAUAAAAGAUGUACUCUUGAAAUUCCAGAUGCACAUAUCAGAUUUUUGUUGUCCUGAAUAUUGCUUCUAUUGAGGCUUUUUCUGAAAUUACUCCCGAUACUGUUUGAUUAUUAAUUCAGGAUUUUUCCCCAAAAAAAUCGCCAAAAAUAAUAAAUUUGUAAAUAGUUUGCUUUCUUGAAUGAUGAACUUUUUGCAUUCUUUGUUGAUGAGUUUUCAUUUUCACCAUGAUUCAGCAAACUCUGGUUUUAAAGUUAUGCUGGUAUGUGUAAUCUUAAGUAGUACAUAACAUUUAAACUUAAACAUUUCCUGCAUAUUGUACAACUUUUCAUUUGUAAAGUCCAAUUUUGAAGUCAGUUGGACACAUAUUUUAAUAGUGACCAUCUGCGACAGCUGUCAAAUGUAAACAAGUUAAUUAUUAGGAAAACAAGGGAAACUUGCCAAACAUAAACAGUUGCAAAAAGUUGCACAAUUUGAAAAAAAAGUUUUGAAGGCUUGUGAAGUUGUAUCGACAAAUUUAUAUUUGUUGAUAUGUGUAAUAUAUAAAUCAGUAUUGACCUAGAGCUUUUUGUUCUGUACAUUUAUCCGAAUUGCCACAGCUUAUAGAUGUAUCACAACUGUUAUAUUUUGUUGGCAACACUCUUUUUAGCUUUAUACUGAUAAAGCUGUUAUGUUUCUUAUAUAAUGAUAUACUUUUACAUGUGUAAACAAUUUGUAUGUACUAAACUUCUUGAUUUACAGAUGUGUUGUAUCAACAUUCAAAUAUAACAUGUUAUAUUUUAGAUUGUAUUUCUAAAUAAUUUUCUUGUUUAUUUUUUUGUUUUAAUAAAAAUAUAUUUAAAAAGUGUAAUUCCACAUAGCUGCCACAGUUAAAAGAUUUUUUGUUGUUUAAAUAGUUCAGACUGAUUUGAAAUCUUUUUGUAUGCUGACAAAACAAAUUCUGUUCAAAUGAAUUUGGACGAUGUUGUAAAAUUGCUUUAUUUAUUUUGUAUGGGACGAUGCAAUUUAGAGGAAGAAAAGAUCAAAAUCAGUUGUGAUUGACGUGUGUGAAUGAGACUUGAAAGGGCAAAACAUUCAACACUGUUUUAUUUAUUUUUGAAAUUUUAAAGCAACAUUAUGAUUUGGACAUUUGGCACACAGACCUUGUCAAGGGACGGUUAUUAUUUGACAUCAUAUGCAGACGUGAAAUAAUUUUAAUAUCUUGUGUUUGGAUUAUAGCUCAAUUUAAAAUGAAAAAUACCAGUAGUUAUUUUAUUAUAAUGUUUGUUAUGAUUUAAUCUAAUUUGAUUGUUUAACAGUAAAAGAAUUGACAUCAAAAUUUGAUAGCAGUUUGAAUGUUUAACCAAUGAAUGUUUUGAUGUGAUUGUAUUGCAAGUAUAAUGCAGUUAUUCCAAGACAAUCCUGUAUUCACUAGUAUGUUUAUUUUUAGGUAUUUAAAUGCACAGUUUAAUAAUUUUGAAUAUUGCACUAAGAAACUCUUGCCUGUCACAGCUUAAUUGAUUAUUAAUUAGUUGGCCAUAAAUGAAAAUCAUCAAUUAUUUGAUGAAAUAGGGCAGUUGUUUUGUCCUUGCUUAUUUUUUUAUUUGAAAAAAAAUAAUAAUUCAGUUGAUUUAGUAGUAAGAUGUAUGGUUAAAAGGGAUAAAUAUUUAAUUUGUGGAUUUUUAAAAAUAGAAAAUAUAGAAUAACUAGCUUAAUGAUAUACAGAAAUAUAACAGUAUAUAUGAAUGCUGGUGAAAACGAUGGCUUUAAAACCAAAAUAAAAUGCAUUAAAAUUGGUCA